GCCCUCGCCCUCGCUCUCGCUCUCGCUUCACACUACGGCAGUGGGAAGAUGAGGAAAGCCCCGCGGUCGUCGCCUGCGGCCGGCGAACCGGAUCCCGCAACCAUCGGCGGAGCUCGAGUCCUAUCUACGUCGGCGAGGAAGAAGGGGGUGGGGCCGCGGACGUGGCUGGUCGUCGAUGCGGCUGGGGAGGCGCGGGUGGUGGAGGCCGGGAAGCACGCCAUUAUGCGACGGACGGGGCUUCCGGGGCGCGAUCUUCGCAUCCUCGACCCGCAACUCGCGUACCCCUCCACCUUGCUGGGCCGCGAGAGCGCCGUCGUAGUCAACCUCGAGCACAUCAAGGCUAUCGUCACCGCCACCGAGGUGCUCCUCCUCAGCUACAGUGACCCCGACGUGGCGCCCUUCGUCCACGAGCUCCAACGGCGACUCGCCGGUCGCCAUCACGGGCGCGACCAGGAUGGUGGAAACGGAUGCAGUGCGGAUUUAGCUAAUAUGUACAGUAUGGAGAGGCCAAACUCGAGGAACGGAAACCAGCAUCAAGUUCCUAAUGAUCCCAAAUUUCCUGGAGAUCUCCCUUCUAAUCAAGAUGCUGGGAAGAAGGCAAAGGGAGAGAUGGUUUUGAGUCCUGGUCAAAGGCAUCUCCCCUUUGAGUUUGUUGCACUAGAAGCAUGUUUAGAGGCAGCUUGCAGCAGCCUUGAGAAUGAGUCGUCAAAAUUGGAGAAAGAAGCACAUCCAGCCUUGGAUAAGCUGACAUCAAAGAUUAGUUCACUUAAUUUGGAACAUGUUCGUCAAAUCAAAAGCCGAUUGGUUGCCAUAAGUGGACGUGUUCAGAAGGUAAGAGAUGAACUAGAACACCUACUGGAUGAUGACGAAGAUAUGGCCGAGAUGUAUUUGACAGAAAAGAUGAUGCGGCAAGAUGCCUCUGAUGGAUCUUCUCAUUCUUCUUUAUACGGCCACGGCAAUGGCAUAGAUGAUGACAGAGCAUGUGCUGAAAUUUUAUCCGAGGACAAUGAUAUUGAAACCAGUCGUCAAGGCUACUCUAAGAACAUUAGUCGUCAUUAUCGCGUGCCCGAAGCCAUAGCUAUCAACCGUGAUAACCAAGCAACUCGUACAUACAGUACGAGAAGCAGCAGCAAACAUCUCGAUGUGCAAGAACUUGAAAUGCUGUUAGAAGCAUACUUUAUUCAGAUUGAUAGCACACUGAACAACUUAUCCACGUUGCGGGAAUACGUCGAUGACACAGAGGAUUACAUCAACAUAAUGUUAGACGACAAGCAGAACCAGCUCUUACAAAUAGGCGUGGUGCUGACCACCGCAACCUUGAUUGUGAGUGUAUUUGUGGCUAUUGUCGGUGUGUUUGGCAUGAACAUUCAGGUCAGUCUGUUCGACGAGAAGAAGUCUGGCACGACUGAGUUUUUGUGGACCAUUGGAGGCGGAACCAUUGGUAGUGUCUUGCUCUAUGUGAUCUCCAUUGCUUGGUGCAAACGCAGACGAUUGCUGGAGUAGAUUGCACUGCCUGUCUCUCAGUUAAACUGUGUCUGUGUCUAUGAGGACUAUGCAACGUGCAGUAGUUGUUAGUAGUUAGUAGCUACGAAAGUUGUAUUACUUGGUGGUGUCAAAUGGGCCGAACCGCCUGUGAUCCAGUCCAGCCCUGCACGAUUUGGGCUGUGCCCGACACAGCCUGGCAAGAGCUGUGAUGUGUAAAUGAAUUAAUUAUGGAAAACUUGUUAUUAGGCAUCAUUUUUAACCACUUUAUCAUGUGCA